AGUCUUGACACCCACCCUACCCCCACCCCAAUAAGCAUUCCAACACAACCUCAUAUUCUCACUUCAAACACCUCAAACAUACACACAAACACACAUAUAUAGAUAUAGAAAUAUCAAAUGGCUGCAAAUCUUUUAUCAUGCAACUAUGAAGAUGAAGAGUUUAUAGAUAUGGAAGUAAGUUCUUCAUCACAUUCAAAUAUUCCAUCAAAAAGUAGAGAAUUUGAAUUCCAAAUGUCAUCAUCCAAUGUACAUUUAAAUUCACCAGCUGAUGAGCUUUUUUACAAAGGUAAACUUCUUCCACUUCACCUCCCUCCAAGAGCACAAAUGGUUAAAUCACUUUUACAAAAUACUAAAUUCAAACAAGAUCAAGAACAUCAACAACAACAAGAAGAAGAAUUCAUUACAUUUUCUACACCAAUGGUUCAAUCAUGCAACAUAUCUCCUUCUGAAUCAUGCAGGGUCAGUACUGAAUUAACCCCAGAUGAAUAUUUCUUUGAAUGGUCAACCGAAUUAACCGGAUUCAUUGGUGAUCACCCAAAAAAGUACCAUGGUCCAUGGUCAAAAAAGCUUAGGUUAAUCAAACAAUCUUCAAUAACUCAAAAGCUUAAAGCUUCAAGAAGCUAUUUCAAAUCUUUGUUUAACAAGUCUGCUUGUGGAACAGAUGGUAACCCAUGUGCUAAACAAGAAGUUGAGCAAGAUUAUUGUGAAAACAAUUUCUUGAAAAAGUACUUAAAAGUGACCAAAAAAAGUGGUUAUGGACAAGUCCAAACAGGAAGAUAUCCAACAUUGGCAAAUGUACUAAAGGGCAUUGAAGAACAAAGCAAUGAGGAUGUUUUUGAUACUAAUUGUAGCCAUAGGAAGUCUUUUUCAGGUGCAAUUAAGAGAAAAUGUUCAUCAACAUCAAAUUCAAAUUCAACAUCAACUUCAUCAUCAUCAUCAUCAUCAUCAUCAUCUUCAUCUUCAUCAUCUUCAUUUAAUUAUUCUAAUGGGCUUUUUGAGUCACAUAUCUUAAAGAGGAAUAGCAAUGCUAGUUCAGAGCUUGAUGGUUCUAUUGAAGCAGCCAUUGAUCAUUGUAAAAAAUCACAACAGGUUUUUAAUUCAACAAAACCUGUUUUAAUUCCAAAGUGUACCUUGUAAUAAUAAUCCUUUUCAAGAAACUAUUUUAUUUAUUUUUUGCUUUCAA